AUGGAUUCUCUUAACUGUGCAAAGGCAUCUGAUUCAGCUAUGGAAACUGAGAAUCAGAGUGACAACUCUUCCUCUGGUAGCAGCUUAUUUAAAACUCAGUAUGUUCCUGCUCCACCUAAACAGAAGCAAAGAAACACUGUUAGAAAAUUCGUUCACAUACCCAAAAGUACUCAAGCAACGGAGUCAUCUAGUGACUCAUCUAUAGAGCCAAGACCACUGACUUUAAAGGCUAUUUUUGAAAGAUUCAAAAAUAAGAAACAUAAACGUAAAAAGAAGAAAUACAAGCCAACGGGAAGAUCAGCAGGAAGACCAAAAGGAAGGAGAACCACUAGAUUCUCACAAAUUACUGAGGAACAAUUUAAAGACAAAAGACCUGGUUUCCCAUUUUUAGAAUCAGAAAAUGGAAGAAAACCAUUACCUUGGAGAAAAAUUUUAACCUUUGAGCAAGCAGUGGCAAGAGGAUUUUUUAACUACCUUGAAAAACUGAAGUAUGAAUACUACCUCAAGGAAUCCUUGAAGCAGAUGAAUGUUGCUGAAGAUUUAGAAAAAGAAGACUUUGAUAGUCGAAGAUACAGAUACUUGGAUGAUGAUGGAUCUCUCUCUCCUAUUGAAGAGUCAGCCACAGAGGAGGAGAUUGCAGCAAACCUUGAACAUGAUGAAUGUGAUAUUAAGUUGGUGGAGAAUAGUUAUUUCAUAAUAAGUUCUGAAUUUCCAAAGAAGAAGAAUGUAUAUUUGGAUCAAGAGGAAUAUACUGAAGAAACUGCUUUGCUUAAAAAGAGAACAUCAAAAUCUAAACACUGGACAGAGGACAAAAUGGGCUGA